AUGGCUGAAUUCGUAGAGUCAACUCCAGAGGUAGACUCAGCAGCUGAUGCUACCACUAAGGUCACCAAGCCACCACUUGAUUCCAGAAUUGGAAAGGACUCACCAUUUGUUUUUGGUCAAAGAUAUCUUGAAAAUGAAGAAGAUGUAUUCAAUCACAAUGCUUGGGACCAUGUCGAAUGGGGAGAAGAACAAAUCAAACAAGCACAAGAAAUGAUCUCAAAACAGUACGAUCAUCCAGUGAAGGAAUUCGACAAGGCUCUAUACAAUUCAAAUCCAGCAAAAUAUUGGGAUAUUUUUUACAAACACAAUCGAGAAAAUUUCUUCAAAGAUCGCAAAUGGCUACAAAUUGAAUUUCCUUCGUUAUACAAAGUUACUUCAAAAGAUUAUCAAGAGCCAAUAACCAUCUUAGAAAUUGGUUGUGGAGCUGGUAACACUUUCUACCCCAUUUUGAAUCAAAAUGAAAAUGAGAAUUUGAAAAUAUAUGGUUGUGAUUAUUCCAAAGUAGCUGUUGAUUUAGUGCGUUCAAAUGAAACUUUUGCUGAACAGAAUAAGAAAGGUAUUGCAUUUAGUUCGGUAUGGGAUUUGGCCAACCCAGAAGGAAAUUUGCCUGAAGGGAUGGAGCCCGAUUCUGCCGAUAUUGUCAUUAUGAUAUUCGUAUUUUCGGCAUUACAUCCUGACCAAUGGAAACAAGCAGUCAAAAACUUGGCCAAAGUUCUUAAACCUGGUGGUGAAAUACUAUUCAGAGAUUAUGGAAGGUAUGAUUUGGCUCAGGUGCGAUUCAAAAAGGGAAGAUUAUUAGAUGAUAAUUUCUACAUACGUGGUGACGGAACUAGAGUUUACUUCUUCACGGAGGAAGAAUUGGAGGGUAUCUUUUGCAUAGAGGGGCCAUUUGAAAAAGUCAAGAUUGCCACUGAUAGAAGAUUGCUAGUUAACAGAAAAAAGCAUUUGAAGAUGUAUCGAAAUUGGUUACAAGGUGUAUUCAAAGGAUAA